CACGAAUUUAUACUCAAUAAAAUACUCACUAAAUAAAUUUCCGGUGGUCUAGCUUAAUUUUCACACCUACGUGUACACGUACACGUACACGUACAGUAAGUGAGCUUAUUAAAGGUUAGGCGAUAUAAAUACAAAAAUGACGACGACCUACACCUGCCGAGAAAUUAUCAACACGAAGAACCUGAACCGCAUCUUGAAGGCUAAGAAGACCGACCACGACACGCUCACGGAACUGAAGAAGAUGAAGCGACGCUUGAAGAAUACGAACCAGCACGAGAUACAUUUCUGUCUCUCCAAGGACGGCGAACAGGCGGGUCGGCUGUACCCCAAGCGGGGUGCGGUGUCCCUCCAGAACCUUAAGGGAGAUGUGCGAAAAGCCCUCUCGCACGACACCUACACCGAUGUGGAUAUGGUGAAUGCCCACCCCACAAUCCUCAGCCAACUCUUUGAGAGGGAAGGUCUCACCUGCCCUCACCUAGGGAGGUAUGUCGCCGAGCGUGAAGCCUGUCUCGCAGAGACGGGAAUGACCCGCAAAGACGCUAAAACGGCCUUCAUACUGCUUAUGUAUGGGGGCAAACCUCGUGAAAACGCAACCCCUUUUAUGACUGAUUUUCACACCGAAUUGAUGCUUAACGCAGCCGCAGUUUUGGACUUGGUAAGGGCCACGGCGCCAGCGACGCCGCCAGCGACGCCAACGACGACAACAACAGCUGCGAUCACAACAGAUGUAAGCCCCGAUGAUGUUGACGAGCACGAAUCCGUGCCAUCAGAACCGGAGGUCCAUAUCUUUCCGUUAUAG